CAGUGACUUAACCCUGCCAUCAUAAUCUCCUUUUGCACGACAUUCGCCCACUCUCCUUCUCUCUCCUUUCAGUUUCAAUUUCAACUAAAAGGAAAAUGAAGUACUAAUAUUUGCAAAAAGCAUUCCCAUUUCGAAUCUUCUUCUUAUCUGCCCUCAACUAAAGCUUAAACUUUCGGUUCUGAAAUUGCUUCGAUUCGAAGGAAGUUUAGUUUUCUGUUUGUAACGGAAAUGGAGAAGCUUUAUUUUUCUUGAGCUGUGAGUGAAACACAGAAAUAGUCAGAUAAAGUGAUAGCUGAGUGUAGUUCACGGCUCUCUUCUUUUGUGCUAUGGGGUUUAAAAAUUGCUUCUGAUCGACGCGCUUAUUUUUUGAAUUGACAUCCGUUAUUUGAUAGUUUCUGCUAAGAAAGGGAAAGUUGAGUUUGGUUUUUUCGAAGACUAUGGCUUUUUCAUCCAUAUUUUGCUGCGUCAAGGGUUCAGAUCGGAAGGGGCAAGCGAAGAAGCAGCCGACGUGGAGGGUUUUUUCUCUAAAGGAGUUGCACUCUGCUACGAAUAAUUUUAACUAUGAUAACAAGCUUGGAGAAGGUGGAUUUGGAAGUGUUUAUUGGGGCCAGCUCUGGGAUGGAUCUCAGAUAGCGGUCAAAAGGCUAAAAGUGUGGAGCAACAAAGCCGAGAUGGAAUUUGCUGUUGAAGUUGAAAUUCUGGCUCGAGUACGACACAAAAAUCUGCUAAGUUUACGUGGUUACUGUGCUGAAGGCCAGGAACGUCUGAUUGUAUAUGAUUACAUGCCUAAUUUGAGCUUACUUUCUCAUCUUCACGGGCAGCAUUCUGCCGAAAGCCUUCUUGAUUGGAAGCGACGAAUGAACAUUGCAAUUGGUUCUGCUGAGGGAAUUGUCUAUCUACACCACCAUGCGACCCCACAUAUCAUCCACAGAGACAUCAAAGCAAGCAAUGUACUGCUCGAUUCUGAUUUCCAAGCCCAAGUUGCUGAUUUUGGAUUUGCAAAGUUCAUCCCAGAUGGUGCAACACAUGUAACCACAAGAGUAAAAGGCACUCUGGGCUAUCUUGCACCAGAAUAUGCAAUGUUAGGGAAGGCAUCAGAGAGCUGUGACGUGUACAGCUUUGGUAUUCUUUUACUAGAGCUUGCUAGUGGCAAGAAACCAAUUGAGAAGCUUAGUCCAACUGUGAAACGCACAAUCACUGAUUGGGCUCUACCCCUUGCAUGUGAAGGGAAGUUCAGCGAACUUGCAGACCCAAGGUUGAACAGAAACUAUGUGGAGGAAGAAUUUAAAAGACUGGUUCUUGUUGCACUUAUUUGUGCUCAUAAUCGACCUGAGAAGAGACCGACAAUGCUUGAGGUUGUUGAGCUACUGAAAGGAGAAUCAAAAGAGAAGUUUGAGGCAUUGGAAAAUGACGAAAUGUUCAAGAUUCCUCCAGCUACGGAUGAUGAUAUGUUGACAGGAGCAGAAGGUAAUGCAGACGCUGCUGCAUCAGAGUUAAAAGAACCAAAACCAGAAAUUGAAAAGGUAGAGGUAUAGGUCAAGAGAAUCUGGAACCGGGAUUAUUUGAUUGUGGUUUGUUGAUAUUGAAUUUGUGUAGGACUACUUAUGUUUUUCCAGGAAGAUAUACUGACAUCCAUUACAUGGAAUGGAAGGUACUUUAUUUGAAUUCAUAGUAUCUUCAUUGGGUUGUGCAGGUGUGGAUGUUCUUGUUGUGUUUGUCUUUGUGAUUUCUCGUGUAAUAUGUUGAACACAAGAAAUGAAAACUGUUUAUAUGCUGAAUGGUGUUUGUAGGUCUUCAGAUCAGAUUGAGAUCAAAGAAGUA